AAUAGUAAUUCGCGCGGUUACCUUAUCUGCGUACCUACAACUCGACUUACGUCAAAUGAAUUGUAAUUAGUGCGAUAUACAUAUAUAAGAGCCUCGCGAACGCAAAUUACCUGCGAGUAUCGAGUAGACGAGUUGACGUUGCAGAAACACCAUCGACAUUCGUGUUAUUUGCAUCGAUAAUAAUUUUCGCGACCAGUGAUAACAACACAGUGGCAGAGGUCUUGUUGACCUCCUUCUGAGAAGGCUAACUAAAUCGACUAUAUUUUCUAUUUUCCGCAGAAAAAUGAAGCUCGUAGUGCUCGGGUUUAUCUUGAUCUGUACUCUUGCCUCGUCAAUUAAGAUGGACGGUCAUCCAGAGCAGUCAUGUUGGUCGUACGUCAUACCGAUACUACUGUCGUUGCAUUUCCUUUAUUAUGCGUUUCCCAGCUUAUGUAUUUGUUAUUAUGUUAUUGUUCAUUACCCAUAUCACGAGGGAUAUAAAAAUAUACUUGAAGAUUUCCUCGAAAAAUUCAAGACCAUAAUGCGCACCGGAAACGACACGCUUGGACUUCCAGUCCUCGAUCCAUUCACCUUGGAUCAAUUACCGAUCGCGAUUGAUGAAGAAACAAUGAAAUUGGACGCUCUUUUAUCAAAUGUUCAAGUAAAUGCUCUGUCUGGAUACGAUGUCAACAAGGGUGAUCUCCAAAUAAUUGGUCUGAAACUCAUUGUAAACGUUUCUUGGCCAUUGAUAGCCGCAAGUACAAAUUACGCCAUGAAGGGUAAAGUCGAGAACUUUGAAAUUUAUGGCAAUGGCGAGAUGAAAAUAUCUCCACAAGGCUUUUCUCUCGACACGGAAAUUAGUUUCACAAUGAACGGCAAAUAUCUUAAAAUAAAGGACAUGAAAUUGAACAUUUUCUUGAGAGCGCUUGAUUUUCACGCGACAGGACUUUUCGAUGAUAACGAUCUGUCCGAACUUAUAAGCAGCCUGCUCUCCGACAUGGUGCCUGAGUUGAUCGAAAAUUAUCAUGACACAAUUGUGAGCACAAUUAUUCCUAUCGUCGUGGACAAAGGCAAUGAGUUUCUAUCUACUAAGACAUUAGCGGAGCUAAUGGCACUAUUAGGUCUUUAGUCUUUUCGUCAUGUGUAUAUCGAUCCAAUCGUCAUUCGAUCAAUCAUUUAUACAGUCGCGUUACUUGAUCGAUUAGGCAGUGAAAUGUAUGAUAAUGUGUAUAAAUAGUAUAUACCUUAAUAAGAAAUAAAAAUGUAUAUUUAUUUUGAAAAUUUAUAUAUUUUUUUAAACAAGAGAAUAAUUAUUAAAAUUGUUAAUAAAGUUAAUAUAAUUAUUAAUGUAAUCGUUAAUAAAAAACCUAGUGAGAGA